GUAGCUCGAUCGCCCGCCCGCCCAUUCGUCGUCGGAGCCCUCACUCACUCACUCGAGGACGACUCACAGACAUUCGCAGCCGCCCGAGGAAAACCCUCCAUAAUUCGUCGACUGGGGCGGGGGCUGAUCGACUGAUUGCCCGCCCGCCCGCCUGAGAUCCACUCGCACCAUUCGUCGUGGGAGCCCUCACUCAGCGGUGCUGUCUCCCCACUGGCGGGAAGCGCGGGGUUGGCGGUGCUGUCCGCCGCCGCGAGCGAGCGAGCAGGGCGGGGCGGAGGGUGCAGCGCCGACGCGCGAGCUAGUGAGCGAGCCCCAGUGUGCACAGCCUGAGCUAGCGCGAGGCAGCAGGCGGUUUGAUCGGCACCAAGCGGCGGAAAGCUUUCAAUUUGUGUGUGUGUGUGGGGGAAUUUUUAAAUUAAAAAAAACAUUAAGAGACAAAUUAUCCUGCAAAAAAAAAAUCAAAAAAAUCCGCAGUUUCCACACCACUGGAGAGAGGACGUUCGAAGAUCACCUGAACCGCAGAGGUCUCCAACAGAAGGCAAAAUGUCUCAGCGGGAUGCAGAACGGUAUCUCUAUGUGGACAAAAAUCUCCUCAAUAAUCCACUGACACAGGCUGACUGGGCGGCAAAAAAACUGGUGUGGGUGCCCUCAGAACGUAGUGGCUUUGAGGCUGCCAGCCUCAAGGAGGAGAUUGGUGAAGAGGCGUUAGUUGAGUUGGUGGAGAAUGGCAAGAAAGUUAAAAUCAACAAGGAUGACAUCCAGAAGAUGAACCCACCCAAGUUUUCCAAAGUGGAAGAUAUGGCAGAGCUGACUUGCCUGAAUGAAGCUUCUGUACUCCAUAAUUUGAAAGAGCGUUACUACUCAGGACUAAUCUACACUUACUCAGGUCUUUUCUGCGUGGUAAUUAAUCCUUACAAGAAUCUACCUAUCUACACCGAGGAGAUUGUUGAGAUGUACAAGGGGAAAAAACGGCAUGAGUUGCCACCCCACAUCUAUGCCAUCACGGAUACUGCAUACAGAAGCAUGUUGCAAGAUCGUGAGGACCAGUCAAUCCUAUGCACAGGAGAAUCUGGUGCCGGUAAGACAGAGAAUACCAAGAAAGUGAUUCAGUAUUUGGCCCACGUUGCCUCUUCACACAAGUCUAAAAAGGACCAACAGUCUACGGUGUUAGCAUACGGAGAGCUUGAGAAGCAACUACUCCAAGCGAACCCUAUCCUCGAAGCAUUUGGUAAUGCAAAAACUGUGAAAAACGACAACUCUUCUCGAUUUGGUAAAUUUAUUCGAAUCAACUUUGAUGUAAAUGGCUACAUUGUUGGAGCCAAUAUUGAAACUUAUCUUUUGGAAAAGUCUCGUGCCAUACGUCAAGCCAAAGAUGAACGUACCUUCCAUAUUUUUUACUAUCUUCUUUCCGGGGCUGGAGAACACUUGAAGACUGAUCUGUUAUUGGAGGGUUACAAUAACUACAAAUUUGUAUCUAAUGGUCACAUUACCAUUCCUGGACAGCAAGAUAGAGAAUUGUUCCAGGAGACGAUGGAGGCAUUCAAAAUUAUGGGAAUAUCUGGAGAUGAAUUGAUAGCUAUGCUAAAGGUAGUUUCUGCUGUACUUCAAUUUGGGAACAUCAUUUUCAAAAAGGAACGCAACACUGAUCAAGCUACCAUGCCUGAGAACACAGCUGCCCAGAAAGUGUGCCACCUUCUGGGAAUCCAGGUGACUGACUUCAGCAGGGCAAUCCUCACACCCCGCAUCAAAGUUGGAAGGGAUUAUGUUCAGAAAGCUCAGACCAAAGAGCAAGCUGAUUUUGCUGUUGAGGCUUUAGCCAAAGCCACUUAUGAACGCCUCUUCCGCUGGCUUGUUAUGCGUAUCAAUAAGGCCCUGGACAGGACCAAGAGGCAGGGUGCUUCCUUUGUGGGCAUUUUGGAUAUUGCUGGCUUUGAGAUCUUUGAGUUGAACUCUUUUGAACAAUUGUGCAUCAACUACACAAAUGAAAAGCUGCAACAGCUCUUUAAUCACACAAUGUUCAUCCUGGAGCAAGAGGAGUACCAGCGAGAAGGAAUUGAAUGGAACUUCAUUGAUUUUGGCCUGGACUUGCAGCCUUGCAUUGACCUCAUUGAAAAAUCCGCUAGCCCUCCCGGCAUCCUCGCUCUGCUUGAUGAAGAGUGCUGGUUCCCCAAAGCCACUGAUAAAACGUUUGUGGAGAAGGUAGUGCAGGAGCAGGGAACCCACCCCAAGUUCCAGAAACCCAAACAGCUAAAAGACAAGGCUGAUUUCUGCAUUAUGCAUUAUGCUGGAAAGGUGGAUUACAAAGCAACUGAAUGGCUAAUGAAGAAUAUGGACCCACUAAAUGAUAACAUUGCUACAUUGUUGCACCAGUCUUCCGAUAAAUUUAUAGCUGAUCUUUGGAGAGAUGUGGACCGCAUUGUUGGAUUGGAUCAAGUUGUAGACCUGUCCCAUGCAGCAUUACCUGGUGCGUUCAAGACCAAAAGGGGCAUGUUCCGUACAGUCAGCCAACUUUACAAGGAGCAGCUUUCCAAACUGAUGGCCACGCUAAGGAAUACCAACCCUAAUUUUGUUCGCUGCAUUAUUCCCAACCAUGAGAAGAAGUCUGGAAAACUGGAAGCUCACCUUGUUUUGGAGCAACUGCGAUGUAAUGGUGUCCUCGAGGGUAUUCGUAUUUGCAGGCAGGGAUUUCCCAACAGAAUCGUUUUCCAGGAAUUCCGCCAAAGAUAUGAAAUCCUUACUCCCAAUUCCAUUCCCAAAGGUUUCAUGGAUGGAAAGCAGGCGUGUGUACUCAUGAUCAAAGCUCUAGAAUUGGAUUCUAACUUGUACAGAAUUGGACAAAGUAAGGUGUUCUUCCGUGCUGGUGUGUUGGCUCACCUUGAGGAAGAGAGAGACUUGAAGAUCACAGAUGUUAUCAUUGAAUUCCAAGCCUUAUGCAGAGGUUAUCUGGCAAGAAAGGCCUUUGCCAGACGCCAACAGCAGCUGAAUGCCAUGAAGGUAAUUCAAAGGAACUGUGCUGCUUACCUGAAACUACGCAAUUGGCAGUGGUGGAGACUGUUUACAAAGGUGAAGCCUUUACUACAGGUGAGUCGACAGGAAGAGGAAAUGGUUGCCAAAGAAGAUGAGUUGCACAAAACCAAGGAGAGGCAAUUGAUGGCAGAGCAGAGGAUAUCUGAAAUAGAGCAGCAAAACAACCAGUUGAUGGCUGAGAAGUCUGCUCUGCAGGAGCAGCUGCAGGCUGAGACUGAACUCUGUGCAGAGGCAGAGGAGAUGCGGUCACGAAUGGCAGCUAAGAAGCAGGAGCUAGAGGAGAUCCUACAUGAUCUCGAGGCACGGGUAGAGGAGGAGGAAGAACGCUGCCAACAUCUGCUUACAGAUAAGAAAAAAAUGCAUCAAAAUAUCCAGGAGCUGGAGGAACAACUGGAAGAGGAAGAAGCAGCUAGACAAAAACUACAACUGGAGAAAGUGACUGCUGAAGCUAAGCUGAAGAAAAUGGAUGAAAAUCUCUUGGUGCAGGAUGAUCAGAACAGUAAACUAUCAAAGGAAAAGAAACUUAUGGAUGAGAGGGUAGCAGAGUUCAUUACGAAUCUUGCUGAAGAAGAAGAAAAGUCAAAAAGCCUGGCCAAACUCAAGGCGAAACAUGAAACAAUGAUUUCAGAUCUUGAAGACCGACUGAGGAGGGAGGAGAAGGGAAGGCAGGAACUGGAGAAGAACCGUCGUAAAUUGGAGGGAGAUUCAUCAGAUUUACAUGACCAAAUUGCUGAGCUCCAACAACAGAUUGCAGAGCUUAAAGCACAGUUGGCCAAGAAAGAGGAGGAACUCCAAGCAGCACUGGCCAGAAUGGAAGAGGAAACUACACACAAGAAUGCAGCAAUAAAGAAAAUCCGUGAGCUGGAAUCUCAUAUUAGUGAGCUGCAAGAGGAUCUUGAAUCUGAGAAGAUGUCCAGGAUCAAGGCUGAUAAACAGAAGAGAGACCUGGGUGAGGAGCUGGAAGCGUUGAAAACUGAACUGGAAGAUACUCUUGAUUCAACAGCUGCCCAGCAGGAACUCAGAACAAAGCGCGAGCACGAGGUGAGCCAGAUGAAGAGAGUUCUGGAAGAUGAAGCUAAAACCCAUGAAGCGCAAAUCCAAGAAAUUAGACAGAAACACUCCCAGGUAGUGGAGGAUCUGUCUGAGCAACUCGAGCAGACAAAACGGUUCAAAUCUGGAUUAGAGAAGACCAAACAAGUCCUGGAGAGUGAACGCAAUGAACUGAGCAUUGAGAUAAAGAGUCUGAUGCAGUCCAAGGCAGAAUCUGAGCACAGACGCAAAAAACUGGAGUCCAUUAUGCAGGAGAUGCAGGUUAAAUAUACAGAUGGAGACCGAUCUCGAAGCGAGCUCAUUGAGAGAGUUGGCAAGCUUCAGAGUGAAUUGGACAAUGUUACUACCCUCAUGAAUCAAGCGGAGAGCAAGGUCAUUAAACUGACCAAAGACUACAGCACAGUGGAAUCUCAUUUACAGGAUGCUCAGGAACUCCUCCAAGAAGAGACUCGCCAGAAGUUAUCAUUUAGUACCAAACUGAGACAUACUGAAGAUGAGUUUAAUCGGAUUCAUGAACAAUUGGAGGAGGAGGAGGAAGCAAAGAGAAAUUUGGAGAAACAAUUUUCUGUCGUCCAGAUGCAGUUGAGUGAAUCAAAGAAGCGGCUGGAUGAUGGCUGUGCAUCACUGGAGAGUGUAGAGGAUGGCAAGAAGAAGGUUCUGAAAGACAUGGAGCUUCUAACUCAGCGCUUCGAAGAGAAAACAUCAUCCUAUGAUAAAUUGGAAAAGACCAAGAACCGUUUGCAGCAGGAGCUGGAUGAUAUGAUUGUGGGCCUGGAUCACCAAAGGCAGAUAGUUUCCAAUCUUGAAAAGAAACAGAAGAAAUUUGAUCAGCUGCUGGCUGAGGAAAAGAACGUUUCCUUGAAGAACUCUGAGGAGCGGGAUCGUGCACAGGCUGAGGCACGCGAGAAGGAGACCAAGACACUGUCUCUCACCCGUGCCCUUGAGGAGGCGAUGGAUCAGAAGGUUGAGAUGGAAAAAAUGAAUAAGCUGUUGCGUGCAGAGAUGGAAGACCUCGUCAGCUCCAAGGACGAUGUGGGAAAGAGUGUACAUGAGUUGGAGAAGGGGAAACGUGCUUUGGAGCAGCAGGUGGAAGAGAUGAAGACUCAGCUGGAGGAGCUGGAGGAUGAGCUCCAGGCCACUGAAGAUGCUAAGCUACGCCUGGAAGUGAAUUUGCAAGCCAUGAAAGCUCAAUUUGAUAGGGACCUGAUGGGCAAGGAUGAAAUGAGUGAAGAAAAGAGGAGACAACUAAUUAAGCAGGUGCGUGAGAUGGAGGCAGAGCUGGAAGAUGAGCGAAAGCAGCGGUCAAUGGCUGUUACCACCAAGAAAAAGUUGGAGAUGGAUUUCAAGGAUUUGGAGGGACAAAUUGAAGCUUCGAACAAGGGCCGUGAUGAAGCCAUAAAGCAUCUUCGCAAACUGCAGACUCAGCUGAAAGACUACCAGCGUGAAUUGGACGACGCUCGUAACUCUCGAGAAGAAAUCCUAACCCUGUCCAAAGAAACUGAGAAAAAACUGAAGCAAUUCGAGGCUGAAAUGAUUCAUUUUCAGGAGGAACUUGCUGCAGCCGAGCGUGCAAAGCGGCAAAUGCAGCAGGAAAGAGAUGAACUUGCUGAAGAGAUUGCGACCAACUGUUCUGGAAAGUCUUUGGCUCUUGAUGAGAAGAGGCGCCUUGAGGCCAGGAUUGCUCAGCUGGAAGAAGAAGUAGAAGAGGAGCAAACAAAUGCUGAAAUGGCCAACGAUAGACUCAAGAAAGCCAAUCUCCAGGUUGAUCAAAUCAAUGCAGAUCUUUCUGCGGAACGCAGCAAUGCUCAGAAGGCAGAAAAUGCUCGCCAGCAGUUCGAUCGUCAGAACAAGGAUCUGAAAGCCAAGUUGCAGGAGAUGGAGAAUGUGGUCAGAUCCAAGUACAAAGCCAGCCUUGCAGCAAUGGAAGCAAAGGUGUCUCAGCUAGAGGAGCAACUUGAUUUAGAAACACGGGAAAGGCAAGCUGCCAAUAAACUGCUGCGUCGUUCAGAAAAGAAGUUGAAGGAGGGAAUACUGCAAAUAGAGGAUGAGAGGCGCAAUUCUGAUCAAUACAAAGACCAGGUUGAGAAAGCCAAUUCCCGUGUGAAGCAGUUGAAGCGACAACUGGAGGAAGCUGAAGAGGAAGCCCAGCGUGCUAAUGCUUCACGCAGAAAGCUGCAGAGGGAGCUGGAAGAUACUAGUGAAACUGCAGAUGCAAUGACCCGCGAGGUCAGCACGCUCAAGAACAAGCUGAGACGUGGAGUAGAGCCUGCGUUCACUGUGCGCCGCCCAGUCCGAAAGCUUGAUGAAAUCUCGGACGACGACGCUGAAAGUCGGGGUGAGGCUGGAGAUACCAAACCUGCAGAGUAAUUUGCCAAAGCAAGCUGUGUGUGCAGCAUAAGAGCUGUGAUCGGGCCAAUUAUCUUACAAAAUGCAUAACUGUGUAUUGAAUGAUGCAGCUGAGAACAUCAGGGCACGCUCUCUCCUUUCCCCUCAGCAUUAUGUAAAUUCUUUCUAAAUAAUUUUGAGCUCAUAGCAUAGACCUGCAUACCUAGAAGAACAAGGCUUAUAUAUUCUGCAGCACAACCCAGAGAAGAGAGGUUCUGAUUUAGCCCAUGUGUGGAUAAUUUUUUCUGCAUUUCUCAGCUGGUGAGCUGAACUGGCCUGCAGUUGAACUUGUGGAACAAUCAUUUCCAUUAGCUUUCAUUGUGUUUUUUUUUUUUGUUUAAUUUGGCUUACUUUGGGUUACCUAUUUAGUUUUCUGGUUCAGGAAUGUAGCAUUUUGUUAGACAAAAGCUAGUGUCUAGGCAUAGCAACAAAACUCUUGACAAUCUUAUUAAACCAUGUGGUUACUCUCACACUGUUAGGAGAUUCACAAGCCACCAGAUAUCAAUGGAUAUAGUAUACAUGAUUCAAUUGAUGACUUAGAAGUCCACAUUUGGCUAUGUUAAUAGCAGUUCUUUAUACAAUAAAAUGGCUUCAUUUUAUACUUGAAGUCUUGCUGCCUGGAAUCUGGAGUCACCCCAAGUUGUAGCAAGACAUCAGAUCACUGCCUGAGAGAUUUCAGUGGAUUCAACGACAGGAAUUUAAAGGUUUCAUUUUCAUAACAAUAUAAAAUGCCUCAGGAAGCAACAGAAAAUUAACUUCUAACUGGAAGUCUGCCUAUUCAGUCUGUCUUUAUCCAUACUCUCUGAAGCUAAGCCAGUGUGCAUUUCCAACACCCUUCCAUCUUCAAUAAAACUUGUGACAAUCUUUUUUUUGUAAAUCUCUCAUCGGGAAACAGUCCGUUUUGUUUUUAUUGGAAGAGGCGAGCCAAUGCUCCAUUUUGUUUUCUUUCUCUUCGCGUUGUUGUCGAUGAUUGUUUUUAGGUAGGCUGUGACCCGGUUUUGGAAACCUGCUCAUUUCCUUCAUGGGAGUUCCCACUGUUGUACAAGUACGCUGCUGCCGCUGACUGCUGGCACACUUCUCAGUCCAGCAGCUCCCGCCUACACCACUUAUUGGAGAAGUGUCUUUGCCUGUUACAGACACUUUUGUUCAGAUCUCUGGGAGGCAUGUGUGCUCAGCACCAGUAUUGUGAGAAGCCGCAUCGAGCACUGCAAAUGAUGCAAGCUAAGCCUGGCUAGUUCCAAUACUUUUUUGCUUGUGCAAUGACAUCCAAGGAAGGAAAUGCAUGGAUAUAUAUAUUCUUUUUUUUUUUUUUUUUUUUUAAUCUCAUGAAUAUUGCUUCAUAGCUAUUGGGAACAGUUUUUGAUAGAAGUUAUACUGGAUUUUGUAAAAUGACUUCAUUCCUGUGAUUCAUUAAUGGACCAAAUAUAUAUUUAAACAGGGAAAUAUAAUCAAGAAGGAAAAAAAAUCAUUAAUGGAUUCUCAUUUUAUAUAUAUAUAAAAUAUAAAUUUAGCCAAUCACUCUGACCAAUCAUGAUCUUUUAUUGAGCGCACAGCUCCAAUUUAAAAAGAAAAUGCAUUUUGGAAAAAACUGGAAGAGGCUGAUGCUUAAACUGCACAGUUUUAAAUUCAUUCUAUCUGGUGAGGGGUGCCUCGUGCACUGGGUGUUUCAGGGGAUCCUUCAAAUGCUCCUUCAUUCACUUUGGGACCUUAGUUUGAGAUUUGUUUUUGACUUUGUAUGUUCCUAACACACUGGGUUGAGAGAGAGAGAGAGAGAGGAAAAGUGUUUUGCCAUCAUAUCUGCUGCAACAUUUUAUGUUUCACACGAGAAUUCGCUCCAUAUUUCUUGCUAUAGAAACUAUUUGGAUUUACAACACAUACACAUAUAUUUUUAUAAAAGUGCCUUAAGCAUGUUUCGCACCAGUGCCGCUAAAUGGAAUUGUAACAGUCGUUUGCAGAUGUUACCAUAACCGUGUUACAAAUAAACUUUAUGACAUUU